ACGAAUAAACAUUCCAAAUUGAAUUGAAAGAGAAAUGAGUGAGAUUGACGAGGAGGAGGAGGAGAAGGAGAUUUGCAGUUAUGUUACGCAUCUUGAGCGCGCCUUCAACAAGCCGCCUCGCACGACUAGAGUAAAUGGGUGGAAUGAGAAAGACAUGUUCCGGCUUCCAACAAAUGAGGUGGUUGAGGAACUAAAUAGAGCCUUCGUCAUGAUAGAAAUAAUUUCCUUCAACACGCAACUCACCCACAACAACCCCUUAGCGCCAACCACCAGCCGCGGAUGGGACAAGCGCCACCAGAAUGGAAAUGCAUCCCAAGAGCUGGAUGUAUCACUGUCGCACAUGCAAUCUAUACUUGCACCCAAAAUCCCAAGAGCUAGAUGUAUCAUUGUCACCAAUGCGGUCUAUGUAUACUUCCAUCCAAGAUCCCAGGAGAUGGAUGUAUCAUUGUCGCCAAUGCGAUCUAUGCUUCCAUAGAAAGGCAAGUAUAGAAAACAUCAAAUUGGGGAAGAAUGUUUGAAUUCCGCACACUCUCACCUAUCAACUUCUCGCCACAAAACGGGUGUUGCGGCGUUUGUGCUAGGGAAUCAUGCAACUUCUUCAUUUGUCUCGACAAUUGCCCUAAAAAUGGUCGAGUAUAGGGGUGAGCAGAAUAUCCGUGCUCUAAAUAAUUGAACAAUGUAUGCCAUCAAGAAUCAUGCAACUUCUUCAUUUGUUUCGACAAUUGCCCUAAAAUGGUCAAAUAUAGGGGUGAGCAGAAUAUCCGUACUCUAAAUAAUCGAACAAUGUAUGUCAUCAAGAAUCAUGCAACUUCUUCAUUUGUUUUGACAAUUGCCCUAAAAAUGGUCAAAUACAGGGAUGAGCAGAAUAUAUGUGCUCUAAAUAACUGAACAAUGUUUGUCAUCCAGAAUCAUGCAACUUCUUCAUUUGCCUCCACAAUUGCCCUUAAAAUGGCUAAAUAUAGGGGUGAGAGGAAUAUUCCUACUCCAAAUAAUUGAAGAGAACUAAAUCAAAGUAUUAAUUGGUUCGUAUUUUUUUGGAUUUUCAGAUUGGAUCAAUUUACUUUCCUUCAGAGUUUGGAUUUUUGGUUCGAUUGGCAUUGGUUUUCUUAUUGUAUCAGUACCACCUUUUGUGUGUUAUAUUUUAAAUUCAAUAAAGGAAAUCUAUUAUUUAUGUA